AGAGCGUCACCAUUCAAAACAAUACUUUGGAAGAAGUUGACCCUCUUCUUGAAGAUGUCUCAAAGUAGCCCGGACAAAGAGGACCAAGCGCCGGCUAGCAAAAAGGGCGUUUCCCUUCCUAUUUCCAGAGUGCGCUUGAUCAUGAAGAGCUCCCCGGACGUGUCCAAUAUUAACCAGGAAGCCCUUUUCCUCACCACCAAGGCAACGGAGAUGUUUGUUCAACACUUGGCGCUGUCGUCGUUCAACAACGGCCGAGGAAAGGAAAGCAAGAGUUUGUCCUACAGCGACCUGGCUGACGCGGCCGAGGAGAUGGAAACGUUCCAGUUUCUAGCAGAUAUCUUACCGAAGAAGAUCCUGGCCCGCGACUACCUCAAGUCUUUGGAGCAGAUACGAGAAGAGGAAGCAGAAGAAGCCGACUUGUAAAACAAAAUGGACACGUGCGAUCACUGAAUUUUUACCCUCCCGGAAAGACCGAUAGGAGUCUCGUUGACGUGGGACCACCGGGCGAUCGUGCCGUCGAAGCCGCGAAGAGCGCCGCAGUAUCAUGUGGACUUGGUACAUACGUGGGGCAAUGCUCACAAAAAGACAGCGGCAGAUCACCUUUUCAAAGAUUUCAAAUGUAUGCGGAGUUCCGCCGGUCCGGGGAAUCCCGCUGCGUGCGCGUGUGACUUCGUACGGCCUCUAAAAACCUCGAUCGAGCGAACGCUGCACUGCAGCGUAGCAGUAAAUGGCAAAGUACCAGGCCUGGGUUGUUCUAUUUCUAACAAAUUGCUCACGCUGGAGCUGAAAUACUUGAAUUUUGAUGUUUGUUUGGAGUAUUUUGUACCUUGUGUAAUAAGUACAUAAAAAGAGCUGUGCUUUUUGUACAUUG